AUGGCUUCAUUCAUCACCACCAUGUCUGUCCCCGCUCCCCCUACCCCUGCUCAUUCCUCAACCACUCUGGGCGAAUCACCGACCCGAUCCCCCUCUUUGAGUCUUAGCCCCUCGUUCUACCAAACCACCCGCACCUCUCAUGUCCCUGCUUUAGAACCGCCAUCCUAUCUUUCACCCGCUGUGCGCGCUCUCAAACAAGGUUGCUUUGGACUAACGCCUCCCAGUAAUGCGCGAACACGGGCGCCCUUCAAGCCCCGCUCUGCGGCCAAGGGCACCAGCAGUUACCAGCUGAGACAAUUCGCCGAGGCCACUCUAGGAAGUGGAAGUCUGCGCAAGGCCGUGAAACUGCCUGAAGGCGAAGAUUUGAAUGAGUGGCUUGCAGUGAAUGUUGUCGAUUUCUACAAUCAGAUCAACCUCCUUUACGGCUCCAUAACCGAAUUCUGCUCACCGCAGACAUGCCCCGAGAUGAAGGCAACCGAUGAGUUUGAGUACUUGUGGCAGGACUCUGAGAACUACAAGCGACCAACAAAGAUGUCUGCACCGGAGUAUAUUGAGCACCUGAUGACAUGGGUCCAAGGCAACAUCGACAAUGAACAAAUGUUUCCUAGCCGAAUUGGCGUGCCUUUCCCCAAGACCUUCCCCAGUCUUCUCCGCCAAAUUUUCAAGCGGUUGUACCGUGUUUACGCCCAUAUUUACUGUCAUCAUUACCCGGUCGUUGUGCAUCUUGGUCUGGAACCGCAUCUGAACACCAGCUUCAAGCACUAUGUCCUUUUCAUUGACGAACACAAGCUGGCCAGCGGGAAAGAUUACUGGGGCCCGCUAGGAGACCUGGUGGAUAGCAUGCUUCGCAGCGACUAA